ACCUGCCGAUCAAGCGCGCGCAUCGCUCGCGGCCGCGCGCUCUCCUCAGGUGCGCGAGGGUCAGACACUCAAGCCGACUGAUGAUGAUGUUCGCUCCGUCUGAAUUGUAAGGACAGACACAUUUCUGCGGCGGUUUGCUGUGUUAUUUUACACCUGUGACGCUCGAGACGAGUCAGACCCAGAUUUUGGAGUGAUUUGAAGACUUAUCUCAAACUCCCGAGGAGCUGCAAUGGCAUCGAUCGGGGAGUUUGAUCCGUUAAACAGUAGCGUGCCUGCCACCAAAAUAGAGAUCACAGUCUCGUGCAGGAGUCUGCUGGAUGUGGAUACAUUCUCAAGGUCAGCGCCAGUUGUUGUGUUGUACGUUCAAGGGAUUGGUACAAAAGAGUGGAGAGAGUUUGGCCGGACAGAAGUGAUCGACAACACUCUGAACCCGGACUUUGUGAGGAAGUUUGUCUUGGAUUACUUCUUUGAAGAGAAGCAGAACCUCCGGUUUGAUGUAUACAAUGUGGACUCCAGAAGCUCAAACAUCUCCAAAAAUUCCUUCCUCGGCCAGACUUUCUGCACUCUCGGAGAGAUUAUUGGGUCCUCUGGGUCAAGACUGGAGCGGGUGCUCUCGGGCAUUCCUGGGAAGAAAUGCGGGAACAUUAUCUUCACAGCCGAGGAACUCAGCAAUUGCCGGGACAUUGCAACCAUGCAGCUGUGCGCUAACAAGCUGGAUAAGAAGGAUUUCUUUGGGAAGUCUGAUCCCUUUCUGGUGUUUUACCGCAGCAAUGAAGAUGGCACGUUCACUAUCUGUCACAAAACAGAAGUGAUAAAGAAUACUUUGAACCCCGCGUGGCAGCCCUUCACCAUCCCGGUGCGAGCGCUCUGUAAUGGAGACUAUGACAGAACGGUGAAGGUUGAUGUUUACGACUGGGACAGAGACGGAAGUCAUGAUUUCAUCGGGGAGUUUACCACCAGCUACAGAGAGCUGUCUCGCGGACAGAGCCAGUUCAAUGUUUAUGAGGUCCUGAAUCCUAAGAAGAAAGGCAGGAAAAAGAAAUAUGUCAACUCUGGCACGGUAACACUUUUGUCCUUCAAAGUGGAAUCGGAGUACACCUUUGUGGACUUCAUUCGGGGCGGAACGCAGCUCAACUUCACUGUAGCCAUAGACUUCACCGCCUCUAAUGGAAACCCAUCCCAGCCAACGUCGCUCCACUACAUGAACCCGUAUCAGCUGAACGCGUACGCUAUGGCCCUCAAAGCCGUGGGGGAAAUCAUCCAGGAUUAUGACAGUGACAAACUCUUCCCUGCCUACGGCUUUGGAGCCAAACUCCCUCCUGAUGGCAAGAUCUCUCAUGCUUUUCCCCUGAACUCGGACUGUGAAAAUGCAAACUGUGUCGGCAUUGAAGGUGUGCUGGAGGCAUAUUACGACUGUCUGCGGAAAGUGCAGCUCUACGGCCCCACCAACUUUGCCCCUGUCAUCAACCAGGUGGCCCAGUGCGCUUCAGAAGUGACAGAUGGCUCUCAGUAUUUUGUGUUGCUGAUCAUCACAGACGGUGUGAUUUCUGAUAUGGUGCAGACUAGAGAAGCUGUGGUCACCGCGGCAUCUCUGCCGAUGUCCAUCAUCAUUGUGGGAGUCGGGCCUGCUGAAUUUGACGCUAUGGAGGAGCUGGAUGGAGACGAGGUCAGGGUGUCCUCCAGGGGACGAGUCGCUGAAAGAGACAUCGUCCAGUUUGUGCCGUUCCGGGACUACAUUGACCGAUCUGGGAAUCAGGUGCUCAGCAUGGCCCGUCUGGCUAAAGACGUCCUGGCCGAGAUUCCUGACCAGCUGCUGUCCUUUAUGAAGACCAGAGGCAUCGAACCCAGACCAGCCCUCAAUCCCUCCCCGACACCACAGAUAAACGUCCACCUCUGAUCCCGGAACGGCUUUAUCCACUGCGACACUGCACAUUUUUACUUUCCACAUCGGUUAGCAGUAGCACAUGAUGUAGUUACAGUAAUAAUCGACUGAAAUCAGGAACACGUUAAUGUAAGUGUGUGUGGUGUUACAUUUUAUAAUCAGCCAGUGAUCAUUACAAACACACAACAGUUUGAGCUCGCCUUAGUGGAAAAAUAGGGUGAAAAUACUAGAAAAGAAAUGCCUGGGUUAUAAUUUCUGCACAAAUCUAAAGACGAGUUGAAUUAUAAAGUAUACAUCAAAUAAGUUUUAAUGGAGAUUUGUUGCUUUGAGAUAUUUUUUCACAAUCUUAAUU